GGGUCCCGAGGGGCCGCGCGUGCGCGUUGGCGUCGUGCGCUAGGCCGUGCCCAGCCAUGAUGAUGAUGGCGCUGAGCAAGACCUUCGGGCAGAAGCCCGUCAAGUUCCAGCUGGAGGAGGACGGCGACUUCUACAUGAUCGGCUCCGAGGUGGGCAACUACCUGCGGAUGUUCCGCGGCUCCCUCUACAAGCGCUACCCGUCGCUCUGGAGGCGCCUGGCGACGGUGGAGGAGCGCAAGAAGAUCGUCGCCUCGUCCCACGAGUCGCAGCGGAGCCACAGCCCGAGAAGAUAUCAUGGGUAUACCACCCUGGCCACCAGCGUGACUCUCUUAAAAGCUUCUGAAGUUGAAGAAAUCCUGGAUGGAAAUGAUGAGAAGUACAAAGCCGUCUCCAUCAGCACUGAACCUCCCACCUACCUUAGGGAACAGAAGGCCAAAAGAAACAGCCAGUGGGUUCCAACUCUUCCCAAUAGCUCCCAUCAUCUGGAUGCUGUGCCUUGCUCAACCACCAUUAACAGAAACCGCUUGGGCCGAGACAAGAAGAGAACAUUCCCACUCUGCUUUGAUGACCAUGACCCAGCAGUGAUCCACGAAAAUGCCUCACAACCAGAGGUGCUGGUCCCAAUCCGGCUGGACAUGGAAAUCGAUGGGCAGAAACUGAGAGACGCUUUUACGUGGAAUAUGAAUGAAAAACUGAUGACUCCAGAAAUGUUUUCAGAGAUUCUCUGUGAUGACUUGGAUUUGAAUCCCCUCACUUUUGUUCCUGCGAUCGCAUCUGCAAUCCGACAGCAAAUUGAGUCCUACCCUACCGACAGCAUCCUGGAGGACCAGUCAGAUCAGCGGGUCAUCAUUAAGCUCAACAUUCAUGUGGGGAACAUCUCCUUGGUGGACCAGUUUGAGUGGGAUAUGUCUGAGAAGGAGAAUUCCCCUGAGAAGUUUGCCCUGAAGCUGUGCUCAGAGCUUGGUCUGGGUGGUGAGUUUGUCACCACCAUCGCUUACAGCAUCCGGGGGCAGCUGAGCUGGCAUCAGAAGACGUACGCCUUCAGUGAAAACCCCCUGCCAACCGUGGAGAUUGCCAUUCGUAACACUGGGGAUGCCGACCAGUGGUGCCCUCUGCUUGAAACCCUCACUGAUGCAGAAAUGGAGAAGAAGAUCCGAGACCAAGACCGGAACACAAGGCGCAUGAGGCGUUUAGCAAACACAGCUCCAGCCUGGUAACCUCUGCAGAGGACCUUUGGCCACCAGACUGUCUCUCCGAAGGACUGGCCUCCUGCUUGGGGGCCUGCAGCCUUCUCUGGACUAGCUUGGCAAGCCAGGCGUCCCUCUUUUCCCCAGUCUCUACCUCUGGGGGUCCAGUAAAGAUGGAUUGUGGCAGCUGUCAAAACCUUCUUUUCUCACGCCCAAACGACUUUUUAAAUAAAUAAUCCAUCAAGAUGGAAGAUGCAUUUCCAAAUUCCUUUUCUUUGUCCCCAAAUGUAUACUAAUUAGUUCCCUUUUUUCUCUGUCCAUGUGCCUAGCAGUUGAUUUUUCUUUGCAAUAUUUGGGGAUGGGGGUGUCACUAAACCACUAUGUGACACAUUUGGUUUUGGUGUAGCUUGUUGCAUGAUCUCAGCUCAUUUCUUUAGUAUAAUGGUGGUUAAGCAAACCAGUAUGAUCUAGGAACUCAGUUAAUGGCUUGUUUUAGAAGUAUGUUUCUUCCAUUGUUGCCUGACUGCAUGACAGUCAUUCUGAAGUGCUUGAGUUAACAAAAUGAGCUGGUGAUGUUUCUAUUCUGGCUGAACACGAGUCUCUUUUAAGCAACACCUGUUAUUAUCUGCUUUAGAAUUUUGCCCAGUUCUGCAAUUGCCCAAGAUGACUCCUGAUUAUAUUUUAAUAAACAUUUCCAGCCUGAUAUAACAUA